AUGAAAUCGUUCGACUUAAGAUGUCAUCCUCUAGAGAAUAAGGCUAUAAAAGAGGAUAUUCUCUGCUUGCUGUCGUGGAAUGUAAACGAUUGCCUUGUGGAUUUAGAGAAGGAAUUAGCAAUUAUAACAGAACAAGGAUUGGAAGGAGAAGAAGCUCGUUAUGCAAUGAAAAUACAAAAUAAGGGAAAAGCCAACUGUGACGGUAGGGAUAUGGAAGCGAGUACCCUUCGGAACCGUCGUGAUGUUUUGCUUACAGUAGAUGUUGAUGCGGCAAGUGGCGCCACUCCACUGAAUGGAACCACAAGAAAGGUUAUGAAUGAGGACAACGAGAUUUGCAGCAAACCAAACCAAAAAAUAUAUUUUACCAGAGAAAAUAUAAUCGGAGACGGCAGCUGCCUUUUUAGAGCGAUCAUUCACUUACUAAUAAUUAAAGAUCACCUGGCAGGCCAUUUUGAGCUUUUAAAACCUGUCACUGCAAAGAACGAAAUUGAUGUUGAAACUGUGGAUUCUCUAAGAGGGCAUGAACUUGAAGAAAAUAAUGAAGAAAAAGGUGAAGCGUCCAAAAUGAUCCAGUGUCAGGAAAAUGAAUCAGAGGAUCCUGACUCUGUAUUAAACACAAAAGAAAACGGUUCCUCAGAAGUAAAUGAAACUAACAUAGAAAGCACAAUGGUGGUAGGAUCGGUAUCGGAGAUUCAGAGGAAUGAUUUUGUGUUAUUGAAUACUCAGGAAAUGUUAAACAAGGCACUUCAGGAAAACUUAACACUAAAACUUCCGCAAAAGCUUGAAGAAUAUCCUGAAAAUAGACCAAAACUGCCCAGAUUAAGGUGUAAUAAAUGA